UGAACACUUUUUUAAAUACUUGGAUCAAAUUUUGUCUUUAUUUUUGUGUAGGAUUUAAACUUCACACUGAGCUUGUAUUACAAAAAAUCAAGUUCACUUUGCGUAUAAUAUCUGGCCAGUUUUUCGAGGGGGAUGUAUAAUGUACAAGUAAAGUUUAAUCUAUGACGUAUGAAGAAUAAAAAGAAGAUAUAAAAUAUAAAUACUUAGUACUUGAGGUUUACGAACUUCAAGUUUUACCCACUAUGAAUUUUGAUCAUAUUAAAUUAUGUUUUUUAUCAAGACAAUAUUUAUCUUUAGAGUUUAGAUAAUGGCCGGGUAGUUUUAUUGAGAUGAAAAUAUAGGAAUGUCGAGCGGUAACAGCGGUAACUAUAUAGAUUAUAGACCAGGAUUCGUUGAUUUUAUCACAGAUUAUGAUAAAUAGAUAACACGUUCCUUACAUUGUAUACCAGUUUUUAAAUUUUGAAUUUAAAACGUUAAGUCUGUAACUUUAUGUCUACUUGUAUUAUUUGAGUAUUAUUUUUCUUUAUAAUUCACCUUUUUAAAUAAACAACAAUUCUAUUUUUGUUAUUCAUUGUCAAAAACACAAAUCGAUUGAAGAAUGUUAACUACAUUAUUUUGACCUUGUUUUUGUAGAAGUAAGAAAAAUGUCUACAAUAACAGAAGGUUUAGUGACAAUAACAAACAUUUUAAAACAUAAAAUCCAAAAACUCAAGAAAGAAGAAAAGCCAAAGGUGUUAUAACUACUAACAUUAUUUCAGAAAAUUCAUUAAAUGACGAAGAGUUUACACUAUUGUAAGUCAGAUUCAAUAAGAUGAUAAGAAGUAUGAAAAAGAAAAAAAUUAAGCUCUCGACUAAUAAUGGAAUUGGACCUACUUAUACUGCAGAUAAUACCUUGACAUUGAAUACAUUAACUCAUUUAAACACAAUAUCACCUAACAAGAAACUUAAUUCUAAGAAACGCGACAACAAGGACAAGUAUUUGGAUGUAGAUAAAACAGAGAUUUUCAAUUCAAACAAAGAAGAAUUAAAAAUUUGUAUUCCUCUUGUGAAUUCUUCAGAAGUUGAUCAAGAAUUGAUGUAUAGGCUAAAGAAGCUGGGAAUAAAAAUUAAGAAGAAAAAAAAUCCUAAGGCUCAAAAUAAAAUGAGAUAUGAUAAUGCUAUGGUCCAUACAAUAAAAAGGCAUAAUAAAACAAACGAUAGCUUUGAAUUGCUUUCAGAUUUUAAAGGUCCUCUAAAAAACACUCACAACGAUUUGGCUGCUACUUCAACACAUACAGACUGUGUUAAUGUUUUAUUAAAAAGUUCAUUAAAAAAAAUGAAAAAAAAGAAUAGAAAAUCUGAGAUGGCAGUUAAAGAUUCUGUGUUGUCAAAAGAAACAGUUAAACAUAAAGAUACUAAAAAAAUAGAGUUCUUUGAAAACAAUAUAUCUGAAGAUCAUUCAAAAGAGUUAUACAAUGAUACUGCCAUGACUAACACUUCUAGUAAUUCAAGAAAUUCAAAAGUUGUCGAGGAGUAUCCAUUCUUAUUUCAUAACCUGUUUAAAAAAAAUAAGAAGAAACAGAAAAGGUCUAAUAAGGAUGCGACUCAUACUGAAAUAAUUUCGCCGAAGAAAUCGAAGAAGCGUAAACAUAAGACUGAUAAUAAAUGUUCAGAAAAUAAUAUUUCUCAAUCAGUGAACGAGGAUAAAGAGACAUACAGUGGUAAAGGCCAUGUUCGCGAGGAUCGUAAAAAUAAUUUUAAAUUGUUCGAUGCAUGGGACGAUAUUGUAUCGAAAUAUCGUACCACGGACGACACAAGUCAUUAUUUUGGUAAAUUUUGUCCUAAAGAAUUUAACAACUCCAAUAAUUUAUUUAAACACGAAAAUGUCCAUACUGGAAAACCAACUCAUAUAUGUGACAUAUGUUUUAAAACGUUUACCAAGAAGUCUCAUUUGUGUAGACAUACAAGAACGCACACCGGUGAGAAACCUUAUGCAUGCAACGUUUGUGGCCGAUCAUUUUCGCGAAAAGUAAAUUUAGUAAUGCACGGAAGAACGCAUACUGGUGAAAAACCAUACUCGUGCAACGUUUGUGGCCGAUCAUUUGCACGAAAAGAAAGUUUAGUAAAACACGGAAGAACGCAUACUGGUGAAAAACCAUACUCGUGCAACGUUUGUGGCCGAUCAUUUGCGCAAAAAGAACAUUUAGUUGUACACGGAAGAACGCAUACUGGUGAAAAACCAUACUCAUGCAACGUUUGUGGCCGAUCAUUUUCGGAAAAAGGGACUUUGGUUGGACAUAAUAGAACGCAUACUGGUGAAAGACCAUAUGAGUGCUGUCUUUGUGAAAAAAAGUUCAUAACAAAGGGUAAUUGUACAAAACAUACACGGAGUGUACAUUACAAAUGUUUUUAAAUUUGUUACAAUUAUUUAUUAAAUUAUAACCAAUGAUAGCUUCCUUAUUUCAUUGAGGGACAUAUUAUUGCGAUUUGCGACUGUAUAAUAUAAAAUUUUGGAUUUUCCUAACCAUAUGGAUAAUAUAUAGGUAUAGGCAGAUAGCGAUUUGAGUAUUAGACUGAAAUUAGAUAAAUAAAUGAUAUUUGUUAAAAAAAAUUUUA